AUGUUCCCCCCUCUGCCCUGGCACUCAUACUGCUGCCGUUACCUCCUCCUGCCUUCCUAUACCCUGCUGCGCCUGGGCUCCUGGCGGGGCUGCUCCCAGAGGCCCAAGGCAAGCACAAAAGAGAAGACCAGCUCCACAGACAGUGGGAAGAUAAGGUCACCCACCAGGGGUCCCAAGCCCCACCCCACAGCUGAGCUGGCCCAAGCUGAGGAGUUGCUGGAACAGCAGCUGGAGCUGUACCAGGCCAUGCUGGAAGGGCAAGAAGGGGCUUGGGAAGCCCAGGCCCUGGUGCUCAAGACCCAGAAGUUGAAGGAACAGAUGAGGAGACACCGAGCGAGCCUGGGAGAAGAUGCCUAAGCUUUCCAGCAGUUCAUGCCUCACCCUCCAACACUGGAAACAUGGAUGACCGACCACCCACCCCGCCCCGAAGCCCUUCAACCAGAAACAUUGCCCCUAAGAAAAAUGGACACCCCAACAAGGGCUAGAAAUUCAAAGCAGUAGGGAAUCAUGGCCUCUGCAGUCUUUUUAGUCACACCCACCCUCCCCACCCACAGCCCCAUAGCAAAAU